AGUUAGCUGCGCACGUGUCCGCCGAAGAGCGGCGCUAUCCGUGGUGCUGAAAUACUUUCCGAAUCCCCCACCUGGAUUUGAGUUAAAAGAGACAACUGGACAAAGUAGCCUUAAAGCAGCUAAGAGCAAAUUCCAACAGCUCCAUAAAGGGCUGAAUAUGCUCACCCAUCUGCUCACUAUCACAUUUAUGCUUUAUUUUGUGUGUUUGAGCCACCAAGUGUGUGUAGAUGUCCCAUCAGAUACAGAGGCAGUCCUGGGCCAGUCCAUGAGACUGACCUGCAUUGACUGUAUGAAGAGAGAAGAGGUCAAAGCCAAAACCCACGUGGACUGGUAUUACAUGCCCAAUGACACCUGGAGCCGAAUUCAUAUUUUCAAGUAUCAAGAUGAGACCCCACAUUACCUGGACAGUCCCUUUAAAGGGCGCCUGGUGUGGAAUGGGAGUCAAGACUUGCAAGAUUUGUCCAUUCGGAUCCAAAAUGUCUCAUUUACUGACAGUGGAUUUUACCAGUGCAGAGUGUACCGGGAGUUUCAGUUUGAUUACUUCACUCCCACUGCCUUAAAUCUGAAAAACAUCACCCUAACGGUGAUAGAGAAAGCCAGUGAAGACCCCACCGCCCUCUAUUCAGAGAUCAUGAUGUAUGUGCUGUUGGUGUUUCUGACCUUCUGGCUGCUGGUGGAGAUGGUCUACUGUUACCGGAAGAUCUCCAAGUCUGAUGAGCUGGCACAGGACACAGCGUACUGACCAGUCGGAGUGCUGAUGUGAUAUAAAAGUCAGAGCUCACAUGGCCUCAUCAUCACCCCAGCGAGGCUUUCAUUUCCACCCUGAGUGGUUUGAGCCCUGCCAGCCAUCCUCCCCUGUGUGCGCACGUCUUGUGAAGAGCCAGUCAGACAUGUCCAAGUACUCCAUUUCUCUCCUUCUCAUCCUUUAACUUUUACCUUCAUGCCAAGAAUUUGAAAUCAAGUGCUUUCUCCAAUACCUCCAGCUUAAGUGGGAGAACUGUCAGUGUAAUGCAUUUCAUAUCAGAAUAGCUCUAGCCAAGUUAACUUUUCAGAUCCGCCAGUGCUUAGUACAUUUCCUUAGUGUGCCUCAAUAAGUACAACCUGCUGAAUAUCAUAAUGGAAAUGAUCUGAGGUCAACUGUGUAGUGCAGUCAAGGCUGUUCUGCUUGACUGCUGCUCCUUUAUAUACUCUUACAUUUUAUAUGUGUUAUUUUUGGUAAAUGUUUUCUUUUUAUACGUCUUUGUAAGAAUAAUGAGUUAGAUAGCUUUUUACUGUAUGGAUGCGCAUUUUUCCAUCAAUUACAGUAUAACUAUAACACUUAAAACCAAGUUGAUGACAAUCAGUGUAUUUCUCUUACCACUUUCCUGAAGCUUUUGCUACUUCUAAGUAUGUGCCUACCACUGUUUAUGGUACCCACUCUAGAAAAGGAUCCUGCUAUUGUUU